CCUAAUACGUCAUCACGUCAGUGUGUGGCUGACCGUCACACUGAGGAAACAUGGCGGCGCACUGGCUCUCUCCAUCACUGAACAGGCUGCUGUUUGCUGUAAAGUAUGCCUCACUCCAGUCCAGAUGCUGUGCCAUACACUGCAAUGCUUAUUAUUCCACUGUCUACAACCCCAAUGAAAAGACCUUUGAUAAGAUCCUAAUUGCCAACAGAGGAGAGAUUGCCUGUAGGGUGAUCAAGACAUGUCGCAAGAUGGGCAUCCAGACUGUAGCUGUUCACAGUGAUGUCGACUCGAGUGCCGUUCAUGUGAAGAUGGCUGACGAAGCAGUGUGUGUCGGCCCUGCCCCCACCAGUAAGAGCUACCUGAACAUGGAUGCCAUCAUGGACGCCGUCAGAUCGACUGGAGCACAAGCUGUUCAUCCUGGCUAUGGGUUUCUCUCUGAAAACAAAGAGUUUGCAAAGCGACUGGCAGCAGAGGAUGUAGCAUUCAUUGGCCCAGACACCCAUGCUAUCCAGGCUAUGGGGGAUAAAAUUGAGAGCAAGCUGAUCGCUAAGGCUGCCAAGGUCAACGUCAUCCCAGGAUUUGAUGGAGUCGUAGAGAAUGCUGAGGAUGCUGUGAAGAUCGCACAGGAAAUUGGCUACCCAGUGAUGAUCAAAGCAUCUGCAGGAGGAGGAGGGAAAGGGAUGAGGAUUGCUUGGAACGAUGAGGAGACGAGGGAAGGUUUCCGGUUCUCGUCUCAGGAGGCAGCAUCCAGCUUUGGUGACGACAGGCUGCUCAUUGAGAAGUUCAUAGACAACCCCAGGCACAUAGAGAUCCAGGUGCUUGCUGAUAAACAUGGUAGUGCUCUGUGGCUGAAUGAGAGGGAGUGCUCCAUCCAGAGGAGGAACCAGAAGGUGGUGGAAGAAGCUCCCAGCACUUUCCUGGAUCCCGAGACACGGCGGGCGAUGGGUGAGCAGGCAGUGCAGCUGGCCAAGGCUGUGCAGUACUCCUCUGCCGGCACCGUGGAGUUCCUGGUGGAUUCGAAUAAGAACUUCUACUUUCUGGAAAUGAACACACGACUACAGGUGGAGCAUCCGAUUACAGAGUGCAUUACUGGCCUGGACUUGGUGGAGCAGAUGAUCAGGGUUGCCAAGGGUUACAAACUGCAGCACAAACAGAAAGAUAUCCCAAUAAACGGCUGGGCCAUUGAGAGUCGUGUCUACGCUGAGGAUCCUUACAAGUCUUUUGGUCUUCCCUCCAUUGGACGGCUGUCAGGAUACCAAGAGCCUCUCAACCUCAGUAAUGUCCGUGUGGACAGUGGCAUUCAGGAGGGAAGUGACAUCAGCAUCUACUAUGAUCCCAUGAUCUCUAAGUUGGUUACCUAUGGAGCUACGCGAGCAGAGGCUCUUGCCAGAAUGGAGGACGCGCUGGAUAACUAUGUUAUCAGAGGUGUGACGCACAACAUCCCCCUCCUGAGGGAAAUCAUCACCCACCCCCGCUUUAUCUCUGGUGAUAUCAGCACCAACUUCCUGCCGGAGGUUUAUCCCGAUGGCUUCAAGGGUCACCAGCUGAAUGUAGACACACGCAGGGAGCUGUUGGCCUCGGCAGCAGCGCUCUACAUCACUGCUCAGCUCCGCUCCCAGAAGGUCCUGGGUGACCUGAGGGUGUCAUCUUCUCCCGUGGAAUGUAGCACCUGGGAGCUGCAUGUGGAGCUAGAGGACGGAAGCCAUUCUGUGGAGGUUACCAAAUCAGGAAAUGUUUAUACCGUGGAGGUAGAUGGAGGAAAGGUGGAAGUCAGUGGACAGUGGAACCUGGCUUCUGCACUGCUACCACUCACCAUCAACGGCACAGACAGGAUGCUACAGUGUCUGUCCAGAGAUGCUUCAGGAAGGAUUGUCUUGCAGUUCAUGGGCACAUCGUUUAAGGUUCGCGUUCUGUCAAAGUUAGCUGCAGAGUUCAACUCCUACAUGCCAGAAAAAGUACCAGAAGACACCAGCAGCAUCCUGCGCUCACCGAUGCCAGGCACAGUGGUGGCUGUGUCCGUCAAGCCUGGAGAUACGGUUGCGGAGGGUCAGGAGAUCUGUGUGAUUGAAGCCAUGAAGAUGCAGAACAGUUUGACUGCUGUCAAGCAGGCAAAGGUUAAGAGUGUCCACUGUAAGCCUGGAGAGACGGUGGGAGAGGGAGACCUGCUGGUAGAGCUUGAAUAAAACACAACCUUUGAUGUGUGACAUCAGCAUUUGGAUGAGCCCUGCACAGAGGAGGACCUGCACUGGCAAACAGACUGGACAAUAACUGAUGAUUGAUUUAUUUGCCAGUGGUCAGUCUCCAGAGUGGCCCCUCCCACCCAGCAGAGUUUAGUUUCCCCAAUGGUGACUCUCAGCUGAGCUAUGAGCUCAGCAGUGUUACAGUGUCCUCUCCACAUGUCACACUCAUCCACGUUGCUUGUUUAGAUGCAGCUGACUUGAAAAAAACACUUGUAAAUCUUUCUGUUCUGCUCCUGUUUUGUGUGUUUUUUAGAUCUGAUCGUUAGUUUUUGUUAAAGGCUCAGUUCACCCACAUUACAGAAAAUCAUUUUACCACAGUGCUGUCUUACCUUGCAGAAGGCUUUGGUUUUAGGUGCUGAGGUCUUGAGAUAUUUGCAUAGGAAAUGUCUGCUGCCAGUCCUGUACACUUGACAUGGACCUUUAGUUUAAAAGCUGCUGAUGAGUUUUUCAAAUGUAAUUUUGUAAAAUUCCAUUUAUCCUUAUUGUAUUGGAGUGGAGGCAGAAAUCUCAGAUACAGGUGUUUUAAAAAAAACCAAAACAGCAUAGCUCGAUAGCACUCAAGGUAAGUAGGAAAAGUUUUGUAAUUUGGUUGUACUGACAUUUUGAGCUGACACUCUACAUACAACCAAUAAAGUGCUCCUUCUUUUCCACGUACAAUAACUCUGAACUGCUGUCUGGCUACAUCAGAAACAACAGAUAAAACCAGAGAAGGUAACUUCUGGAGAAAAUGCUGUGGGGCUACUUCCCCAGGAGGAGAGUGGGCAGCACCUUCUGACACUUUUUAGUCCUACUAUGGUGGCGGCAUGUCCCGCCCCACUCCAAGGAAAAUAUUACAGAAGGAGAGGUCAUGAUGCCAGUGGCAGAGUUUGAAUUUUGCAUUGGAACCAGAGUUUGAUGCCACUUCUAUUGGAGUAAAUGGGGCAGUAAAUCACACUAUAACCAGUCAUAUCUUUACUGUUUCAACUUUCCAUGAAAAUCCCUUCACCAUAUUACAAAACCAGUCCAUUCUCAUUUCAAAGUUGUCAAAUACCGCAGCUUUGUCAGUGAUUUUGGCGUCAGACACCUGAUGCCAAAAGUGGCCUUGCCUGGCAGUAUGAUACGCUGUCAGAAUGUCAUUGACCAUGCGUACGGCCCCAGUGGCCAUUCUCUACCAUCUAGCACAGAGUGCCACUCUACCAAGAGUGCCUCCAUGUGAUAGGUGACCCUUAAAGGGGUGCCCUGCAAGGACAUAUGUGUGGCCUCAUGGGCGUCGCCGAUCACAUUUUCCAGAUAAUAGUUAAUGUUGCCACCCUUUAUCAAUUGGGUGAGGUUCUUCUGCUUCAUCUUCAUAGUUACUCUGUCUGCCAUGUAUGAAAUAGCACAAAAGUUACAGAUGAAACUACGGUUCUAUGGAUCUUGGAUGAUCCUGAAAAACAUUCUGUAGAAAUGAUCUUGUGGAUGACAUAAAUUAUAACCUAACCAGGGUCAUCCAAGGUCACAGCUGUCUUUGUUGAUAUAAAUACUGAGACUGAAGAUAUUCAGUGUUAAGUACUGCCUCUGGAAAUCAUUCAGGAUUCAUAGAACUCUUACAUCCAUAACUUUCUAUUCAUAAAUGACUCUCUCCCAAAAAUAUUUGUCAAUGCACACAAAAAUACUUAUUGUUGUAUACAUGUAAGAAAAAAAACACCAAUAUAAUAAUAAAUGUAAUAAUAAACCCACCCGUAUUUAGAAGUAUUUGCAUUUUUCAUAAAAAAAAUGUAUUUGGAUGUUAUUAGAUUUGAAUACUGAUUGCUGAACCUGGAUAUGCAAACUGCUUGUCAUGUAUAAACCUCACCACAUUUGUGUAUGUGUGUGUAUGUGUUUAAAGACUCUGGUGCUUGAUUCACAAAUGAAUUUUAUUCCACAGGGAAUUAUCUGUACCCAAUCAGAUGCCUCCUUCUGUUUCAGCCAAUCACACAAGUGUAAAUUCAAGGGUAUGAUUCAAUGUGAUCCUAUGUGAUUACAUGGCAUUAUACUGGCGCAAUUCUGAACACGAGGAUGGAUAUCACAUUAACUACAUCCAGCUACCUGGAGGUCCACCUCAUCAUGGCGUCUGGUGGCGGUGCUCCAAGUGUAGAUUACAACUGUCUUGGGGUGCAUGAUUAGAUGUUUGAGUUCUGAAUGCUUGCUAAGUUAAUGGUGUGGCAUUAAACACUGAUGUUAGCUACAGAUUAAUUAUAUAUUGCUAAUAAUGACAACAUAGAAUCACUAGCUAGCCAUUAUAUGAUCCAAUUAAGGUUGGACAACAUAAUCGUACUGAUGACUUACUUGUCCGAGGCUGUCUGUUAGCAUCAUGUAGCUUAUAAGAAUGCAUUAUAAGAAUGAGUCCCAAAAACACACACACAUGCAGUUAAGUUCACACAUGACAAGCCGUUUAUAUGUAGGUUUAACAGUCUAUAUAUAAAUGUAACAUCCAAAUAUAUAUUUUUGGCCUGUAAUGGUAAAUGGACUACACUUGUAUAGCGCCUUUCUAGUCUUCUGACCACUCAAAGGGCUUUUACACUACAUGUCACAUUCACCUAUUCACAUUCACACACUGGUGGCAGAGGCUACCAUACAAGGUGCCACCUGCUUCUUAGAUGAACACUCAUAUGCAUUCACACACGCAAUUUGGGGUUCAGUAUCUUGCCUAAGGGUGCUUUGACAUGCCGUGACAUUUGACUAAAGGAGCUGGGGAUUGCAGCACAGGGCCCCAGGGUUAGAAUCAAACCCACACUGCUGUAAUUAAAGACACAUUAUUGUGCAUUUCCACUAGAUUUGCCAACAGCGGGCGUCUUGACGAUUCACGCUUUUUGUAUAUUCAGUCACGCAGGGCCUGGUGGAAUUGUAGUGGCAAGUUUGGAGAGGGGGUAUGCGGUGCAUUCAGUGGUCUGCAUUGGCGUACCGUAGACUACAUUCAACUCCAUGCAAAUGAAUAUGAAUUUUUCCUUUUUUUUUUCUUUUUUCAAAACAACCGGGAGCCACUGGGGACGGGCUAAAGAGCAUAUGGCUCCAGAGGGACAGGUUACCGAUCCCUAGUCCAGAGCAAUGCAGAUGAUAGGGGUGGGGGGGAAAAAAUUAAUACAGCAUAGUAUUGCAAUAUUUUUGUGUGGCGAUAUCAUAUCAUCACACAGUGCCGAGUAUCGAUUUUUUUAUUCUAUAAAUUAUCAAUAUGACAAAUACAAAUUAAUUAUUAGGUAGCCUACAGGAACAAUAUAAUCAAUAGUUUUUUCAGUCCGCUAGAUACAUUUUGCUGCUGCAAGAAAAUGAUGUGAGAUGAACAGACUGAAAACUUUAUCUUAUUAGAUAAAACAGAUGUUGAUACAGUUUUCCUUUGGGGACAUAAUUUACAGUUGAAAAAAAUAAAUGAAUAAUAAAUUGCAACAUAUUUUAUUGUAAUACUUGGCAUAUUGCAACAUACUUAAAUUCACAAUAAUAAUGUAUAGUGACUUAUGUAUCAUGAUAAUAUAGUAUCGUGAAUCCUCUGAUGAUUCCUACCUUUUGUGGAUGACUUACAAAACUUGGACCAAGCUGUCAAACUAGGCGAUGUAGUUAAAUUGCCUAUUUUCUACCUCAAAUGCUUUCAUAAAUACAUCUUUGUGGAUUGUUUCGAUGUAAUAACAGCAAGUUAAUGAGCAGACUCCCAUGUUGUUCCUGUUUGAAAGAGCGAGCAGAGAGCCAAGGACCCAACCAGCAGUACGUUAACUUGUCACAGCAUGUCACUUCGCUUUGGAAACGUGGUGUCAGUACAUGGGGCGCAUGCACUACCAGGUGAGCUACACUAUGGUGCGCCCUGUGACCCUCAAAUUCAAACUGACUUUGCUGCAUUUCUCUGCUGCACUUGGAGGGGCCUUAGGAAUUGAACAACCAUAUUGAACCAUUUUGACAUUUCUGGUGCUGAAAAGUGCAUGUAGACGAAUUUUGGGAGACGCUGUGCAAUGUGGAAAAUGGUGACAAUUACACUUGUGCAUAAUUUUAACACAACCAGAGCUGUUAAGAAGCAAACCCUCACAGCUUUAUUUGUAUGACUACAAGUUCCAAACUACAUCUGCAAACACAGAGUGCAUGGAUCAUGAAAGAAACCUAAAAUGCAUGACAUGAUGGCUGACACAAUCUCUGGACAGUCCAGCAGCAGGUCGCUGCACUGUGUGACUGUGGCAUGGAAUGAACCCACUUUCUGUGUCAGAUACUGGAAAAAGGCUUGUAUGAGUUAUGAUUCAUUUCAUUCAGAUUAUAUGCAGAUAGAUACUGUAUGUUCAAAAUUACAACCCAGUGUACACAUGCUCACACAGAAACAUUUUAGGCACACAAACAAAGAAAAUAGUCAUCUGUUGGAGGAAGAGACUCCUCUUGCUUGAAGAAAUGAAGAGGUGAAGGUUCAGAUUGUAAUGUUCAGUUAAGUUAGACAGUGCUGAAUGUUCCAGAGGUUAAUGGGAGAAAGCACCCUCUAGCCAUAUAAAUAGUCUGUUGUGUAUUUGGAUCCUUUAGUCCACUUUGACCACACUGUAGAUCUUGGUGACAAACCAGAAACAGGCAAAGAAGCCGAUUGAACCUGUG